AAACGCUAACGUCUAAUUUAAAGUUGGGGUGAGAGUUUCUAUAUUAAUCGCUGUUAAUUCAAUAAUUUACCCUCAAGGCCUUUGAAGAAGUGCUAUCACUAACGCCAAAGGUGUAGAUUAGUCAAUAUCGACAUGGAAACAAAAAAUAAAAAUUUCUGGUGGUUAAAAUCGGCCCCUAGCAGUCUUCCCGAUAAAGAUGAAAAUAAUACUGUAAUUCCUAAAUUAGAGCUGCCUCCUUCAGCGAAUAAUUUGUUCGAUGAUAAAAAUAGUAAUGUGGACUCUGAUGUAGAUGUAGGAAGUAUUAUAGAAGAGAUAAAUAGGGUAGCUGCUCAAAGUCCAUUGGGGCCUUAUGAAAAAUCAAUUGGCGAACGAAGUGUAGACGAUCUAAUUAAAGAAGCUGAAAAAAUAUACAUGGAAAGUUCCAAAAGCUUUGAGCAGUUGAGCCAAAGAAGCAAAACAUCGCAAAACCUAUCUGAUUUACUAUCCAAUCUUUCAAAAGAUUCAACACCUACACCAAAAAGUGUUAGUCCAUUACCAAUGGAUCCUGAUCCUCAAGAAAUAGAGAUGGAUAAUCCUAGUGAAAGUGAUGAUGAUUAUACUGAAGACUUUUCUGAAGAGAGUAAAAUAGAAUCUACCAAUUUGUCUCCCACCACCAAUAAAUUAAAGGAUUUGGAUUUCACCUCUAAUAAUAAAGAAAAUAUUGAUGAAAACAAGGAUAAGACUCCUGUGGCCGAACAACCUUCUAUCUUAGAAUACAACAGUAAAAAGGUAACUAGUAUGAUAAAAUCACAAUCCCUUAGUACCUUUAGGGAUCAAUCUGCACCUCAAACUGGUAUGGUAAAAAGUCAGUCAGAUCUUGUCACAUUUAAUAACCACAUUGUAAGCAUACCUAUAAUGGAGGUUGAAAGAGAGCAGUAUCAGGAGAUAAAUGAAAAAUUACAGAAGUUUGAGGAUGAGGAAAUGAAGAAGCAAGGUAUGAUUCAAGAUUUAGAAAUGCACAACAAACUGUUAAAGCAAGAGAUGGAAGGAUUCAAGUUAGAAUUGCAACGCACUCAAAUGUCAUUAGAACAAACGAAAGCGGCUCUAACCUCCAAAACAUUAUCAUCUCCAGAAAUGAACUUGGAACUGGAAAAGGCGCUGGAAAACCUAAAAGACUCGAAAGAGAUAAAUACAGCCUUACAACUUCAAUUAGACACUAUAAACAAAAGCCACCAACUUCUGAAGAGUUCUUAUGACGAUUUAUUGAUUUCUAAUAGCAGCCUUCAACGACGACUUGUAGAAAUAGAUUCUAGUUUAGACAAAUAUAAAAGUGAGAUACUACAACUGCAACAAACGAAAGAUAAAUUAAUAGAGAAUGAAAUAAAUUUAAAUAAGUUAUUAGAAAUGGAGAAACUUCAAAGUAAGAGUUUUAAAAUACAGCACGAGAAAGAUGCCAAGUGUAUCCAAGACUUGAAUAGGCAGAUAAAAGAAAUGGAACGGAUAAUAGCUCGAAAACAUCCUGAUUCCGUAUCGGCCUUAAUAGUAGCUGCCAAAGAAAAUGCCACAGAUACAAAUUUAACUGCAAGAAAGAUUCUAGAAGAUAGAAUCAAGUCUUUAGAACAGGAGCAGAUCACAAGAGAAACCCAGUCUUCCAAAGUUUUUAUGGACAUUCAAGAAAAGUUCAACCAAAUGAAGGCCAAAUACGAGAACCAUAUAGAAGACUUAGAGUUGCAUGUCAGUGAUCUAAAAAAUCAACUUAAACGUCGUGGUGAUACUUACGAUGUUUACACCCAAACAACCAUAGAUGAUAAAAUUCCUCAAAAGGAGACUUUUACAACUUUCACACAGACUGAUCCUACUCAAAGUGUACCAAAUACUCCCGCUCCAACUCCGCCACCUAUAGUAAGCAAGCCUCAAAAGCAUUCAACGUCGAGAAAAAAUGAAGAUACUCACCUCCUAGCAACAAUUAGAGGUCUGCAGGCGGAUCUCUCAAAUAAAGAGAAGGUGAUACAUAGACUUCAAAAAGAAAUUGAUGACUUGAAGAAAACCAAUAGACGACUACAAAAAGAACGUGAAGGUAGUUUAAAAAACUUAAUCGAUAAAAAAGAGUCGAAGGGUUAUCCUGAGAGACUAACGUUACAGGCUAGAUCGAAUAGUUGUAGUUCUGAGAAGGAUUUUCGGAAAGAAGAAACGGUACUGCAGUUAAAAUGCGAGCGAGACAAACUCAAACUUCAGUUAAGCAAGUUGGAAGAGGAUUUUCAAAUUCUGCAGAACAAGCGAAUACAAGAUCUCACUGCUCUUCAGGAAGCUCAUGAGCAAGAAGUUGCCAACUACAUGGCCAACGUGAAUCCUUUAAGAGAACAACUGGAAAUCCAUCAGAUAUCUUUAUCAUCUCUUCAAUCUCAACUCACUUCUGCCAGAGAAGAACUGACAAUUGUUCGAGUAGAAAGAGAUCAUCUCAGUAAUCGUUUAAUGAGUUUAUCCAAAAAUGGAAUGAACGGCACCGAGGAUGCCGUGGAGGUGCCUCCCUUACUCCAGAAGAUCGGAUAUUUGGAAAAACAAUACGUCGAUAGGGAGUACAGGCUCAGAUCGAUGAUCUACAAUUUGUCUCAGAAAGGAGUGGCGAACAGGAGCUGCCAGCAGUGUUUAGAGAGACAGCAGCAGUUGAUUUCGUAUAAAGCCGAAAUGGAUCAAUUGUUAACGACCGUCCGAGCGUUACAAUAAUAUGGAUAAGAUUUAUUCGUUAGUUUUUAGAAGUUUUUUUAUGAAAACUUGUUAAUGAAUGUACUGUUGUUAAAAAUAAACUUUUUUAUUAAUUUUU